CUCUCCCCUCCCCCAAGCCUCCUCCUCCCUGUCUUUGUUUGCUCUCUCCUUUCCCUCGAACGUUCACCAGUCAACGCUCUGCUUCUACCUCUUCUGAUUGGCUGAUCAGGCAGACAGUAGGCGGGCUCAGGGCCAAAAAUCUGCUCUGCCUCUUCUGAUUGGUGGGGGUGCAGGCUCAGCGUCACGCAGCAGGAGGUCUAACAGUGUAGAGCGAGUUGAGCUGUCAGACGCUCUGAAACUGCAGUGGAGACAUCAGUAGGACCUGUUUCUCUCUGCCACUGCAGCAACGGACUAAACUCCUAAGCCGUUUGUUUUGGACUCUAAACCGACGGGGAACACGCAGGAGUCCAACUGCUACGCAAGGACACAAAAAAAGGAGAAGUGGACACAGCUUCGCCGAGCUGAGCCCUUUUUUUCCAUCAAAUCUUCGCUUUCCUGCGUUGCUUUGUUGUUUCACCAGGAGGACCCCUUCCCCCCGCUCUGCAACAACCAACAGCCCCUCCACUGAGUACACGGAUGGGCGAGUCCUGCUAGAGACCACAACACCUGAACAAACGCACAUAAAGCACCUUCUCCGGCAGGCCACACUGUAUCUCAGUGAGUAGCUCUGCGUGCGUGGUUGUGUGCGCGUGCACGUCUGUGAACGUGCACAGCUCCUCUCUGCCCGGAGACGACUCCCUGCCACGGUGUGUGUGCACGCUUGCAAGGAGGCUAAUGCCAGCGGGAGCGUGGUCGGGACCAGAGGAGGAUGAGUCCGGCUGUGGAUGCUCAGGGCCGGGGGGGCUCGGGCGCAGAGCCGCCGCAGAAACUACUGCAGCCGCAGCAGCCGCUGCCACAGCCGCAGCCGCAGCACUGCUACCUGGAGAAGGGGGUGAUGCUUGAGCCCUUCAUCCACCAGGUGGGGGGGCACUCGUGCGUGCUGCGCUUUGGGGAGCAGACCAUCUGCAAGCCCCUCAUCCCCCGAGAGUACCAGUUCUACAAGAGCCUGCCGCCGCCCAUGAGGGAGUUCACCCCGCAGUACAGAGGUGUAGUCUCUGUGAGCUUCGAGGAGGAUGACGAGGGUAACCUGUGCCUCAUUGCCUACCCGCUCCACAGCGACCAGGAGACCAAGGAGCUGGCGGUCGAUGGCCAGCCCAAGAACAAGAUUCUCCAGUGGGUGAACGACAACCAGGCCAUGGAAGUCUGCAGCCAUAACUCCCAGAAAGACAAGGACGAGAGUGUCCAGCGUCGGGCGGAGAAGGUGGAGCUGGAGUGGCUGCAGCAGGCGGAGGUGCUCUACUACCGGCUGGAGCGCAGCAAGAGCAGCGCCCUCACCCAGCACAACCCCUGGAGCCUCCAGUGUCACCAGAAGCACCUGCAGACCAUGAAGGACAACGCUAAGCAGCGCAACCAGUACCGGUUCAUCCUGCUGGAGAACCUGACGUGGCGGCACGCGGUGCCCUGCGUGCUGGACCUGAAGAUGGGCACGCGGCAGCACGGAGACGACGCCUCCGAGGAAAAGAAGGCCCUCCACAUGCGCAAGUGUCAGCAGAGCACGUCGGCCACCAUCGGGGUGCGGCUGGGGGGCAUGCAGGUGUACCGCUCGGACUCCGGCCAGCUGAUGUUCAUGAACAAGUACCACGGCCGUAAGCUGAGCCUGCCGGGCUUCAAGGAGGCCCUGUUCCAGUUCUUCCACGACGGGCUGCGGCUGCGCGGCGAGCUGCUCUCCCCCGUCCUGCGGCGGCUGCAGCAGAUGCAGGCGGCGCUGGCGGCGUGCGAGUCGUACCGCUUCUACUCCAGCUCGCUGCUCAUCAUCUACGACGGCGAGCCGCGCCCCGGGCACGCGCGCCGCCGCCGCUCGGAGCACGGGCUCUCCGAGGAGGAGGAGGAGGAAGACGAGGACGAGGACGAUGAGGACAAGGCGGGGGACGAAGGGGCGGGAGGGUUGGAGGAGGACAACGAGGACGGCGAGGGCGAGGAGGUCAGCGUGGCGGGAGCGCUCGGUUUCGCGCACGGCUCCCCGCCGCCCGGCAGCACAAGCGGUGCCAGCGGCGGCACGGCAACCGGCCGGCAGAGGGCGGGCCCCUCGGACCCCCGCCGGCCCUCGGUGGACGUGCGGAUGAUAGAUUUUGCCCACACCACGUGCCGGGACUACAGGGAGGACAGCGUGGUCCAUGAGGGCCAGGACAGCGGCUACAUCUUUGGCCUCCAAAACCUGAUCACCAUCAUCUCAGAGCUGGAGGAGCACAGCUCCGACUAGACCCCACUGCACACACACAUGUACACAGCCUUAAAUUACAAAGACACACACACACACACACACACACACACGUAUAGAAACACAUAAGAAACACAUAGAUGCACACAAACAUAUAACCAGCCUUACAUGCACACAUACACACACACAAACACUCAAGCACACUUUUGAUCCUUCUUGGAACAAAAGUAUGACUGGUCUCUGCACAAGGGGAGAGGUUGUACCUGGGGUUUUGGUGUCUCCGGUCCGGUUGUGUCGAGGAGACUCCCAGCCACCUGACGGCCUCCCGGUCAGCAUGUUUGGUGCUUCUUUGCGUCGCAUUCACGCGUGUUCGUCUUUGGGAUACUAAGGGAUUCUUUAUUUCAGUUUUGUUUAAAGUUGUUAACUUUUAAGGUUCAAGGUUUAUAAACCCCGAAGCUUGACACUACCUCCUGCAGAUAGGCCCCAGCCUAUCUAAUAGGCUCAGUAACAUCCCACUCGGAGUAAUAUCCCACUCAAAACGCUUUUUAGACCAACUGAGACUCUAACCCUGGCCCUUUCUGGCUGAAAACCCCCCGCGUUGGUGCUGGUAUCGUUCUGGAGGUUUCCCGAUAGUGUUGGUCUAAGGGAUUUGGUUCUUGUGUACAGUGACUAAGCCAGCGUCCAAUGACUGGCACCCCUUCCUAUUCUUUUUUUGUUUUGUUUUUUGUUUUAUUUGUUAACUUUAAAAGUUCUCGGUUAAAUCCUCCGAGCUUCAUGUUAAUCGCAAUAGAGCAUCGCUGAAGUCAGGGACAAUAACAGCCCCUUCUCGACCCAUGCAUCCUUCCCCCUCCACCCUUAGCUCCCUGUCUCAUUCCAAAGAAAGCGGCAGACAUUUGGUUGACCAUCCCGCACAUGGACACUGGGUGCCUGUUGUGGGCUGUGGUUGAGUCAGCCAGACAGACAGACAGCCAGACAGACAGACAGACAGACAGACAGACAGACAGACAGUGGUGGGUUUGGUAUUGAGGCGGUGGAUGGCAGAAGGACCCGUGGUCUGUCUCCUCCUCCAGCUCCUUUUCAUCCAGCCCUCCCCUCAACCCCCCCCUCCCUACAUUUUAAAGAGACUAUAUUCAUAUAGAGUUCAGAAACAGAUCCUAUAGAGUUAUUUAUUUAUUGACUUGUUUCCUAAGAUAAAACUAAAAACAAAAGCUAAAAACAAAAUAAGAAUGUCAAUGAAGGACGCUACAUUCCAUGUUAUUAAUGUGACAAUAAUGAUAUUAAUAAAUAUUGUUAUUUAACAUGUUCCAGAUACCUCUAUCUUGUAUAUCUGUGUUGUCCACCGCUGGUCAGAAGGAGAAAUAAAGACUUGGUUUGUGGAAAACCAUCUUGUCUUGUUAUCUAUUGUCAGGCAACUCCUUUAGUUUGUAUGAUGAUGAUGAUGAUGAUGAUGAUGAUGAUGAUGGUGAAGAACUGCAAGAACUGCAACUCAAUAUUUCUUGAGUGCCAAUCCCAUGACUUGCUGAGUGGAAAAAUUGUUGAAGCGUACCAUUGCGCGUCUGCUAGCAGCCCUGUUUUUAGUAGCAUGUGACAGAUCUGCUCCAGGAUUAUAAUGGCGUAUGGGUCUAAAAUAGCACUGUGGGCUUCCUGAAUGUCAUGUUUUCAAAUGUGUCUGUCCCACCCCUAAUAGUCCUCUCUACUUUUACAUAAUAACAUUGUUCGUAGGAUAUAUGGCACUAUUUCUAAUAUAUGAAUCGCCAAUAGCUCCCAAAGGCUGGUUUUGACUAAAAGUAUUGUUUGGGAAGGGGUUUGCUCUGAAUGUGUACCUCUCUAUUCAACAUUGAAAAAAUUAAUCUAAAUAGACAUCCACCAAGAUAAGCAAAUGAUUGUAUGUAUAUGUGUCUCUUCCUGGGUGGGCAGUGGUUGUUUGGAGUUCAUUGGAUAACGCUGUUAUCAAGUGACUCUGUGGUGAUGUAGGCCAGCUUCUGGUGCUCUGGGGCAAUCUGGAGUCUCUAAUCUGUAGCUAAAGUCAGCUAGAUGAAGCGCUCUAGGCUGUGUGUGUGUGAGAUAUUUUGUUAUACUGCCCUGUUUAAUGCAAAUCUGAUGUAUUUUUAAUGCUGGAAAAUGGACAGAUAAGAGAGAUGUUGACGGACUGACACUGUAGAGUGAGCGAGGUUCCCUAAGCUGGAGCAGAAGACCGAUGGAGGGUUAGUCAGGUGGUGGUGGUGAUGGGGGGGGGGGGGCACUGUGGGAGUUGUGUAACAGCACAAAGGUCAGUGUGUUGUUUGUGCACUCAUUCUGUCAUCCUAUUGUGUGGUUGUUUAUGUGUCAUCAUAAUAAUCAUCAUUUUAUUAGAUAUAAUAUAUUUUAUCGAUCAAGUUUAUAUCUAUAUUUCAUACAAAUGUAUGUGUGGAGGUAUUGUAAGUCUAUAUAUGUGCUUUUCAAUACAUACAUUAAACCAUACACGGGUGUUAUGCAUGAUUCAGA